AAUCAAAGAAGAAAGAAAGUAGGAAAUCAAAUAUAGUUCAAAAAUGCAGUUCACUCAAUUGUUUAUUGUAGGGAUAAUUGCAUUUUUUUUGAGAAGAGGAGAUGCUGCAGUUGAUUAUAAGCAAGCUCUCACUAAGUCCUUGCUCUAUUUUGAGGCCCAGAGAUCAGGAAAAUUACCGUCCAACCAAAGAGUCCAAUGGCGCGGUAACUCGGGUCUUAGAGAUGGUCAAGAUGCAAAAAUUGAUCUCACCGGAGGCUACUACGACUCCGGCGACAACGUGAAGUUCGGAUUCCCGAUGGCCUUCACUGUAACUCUCCUCUCAUGGAGCGCCGUCGAAUUCAGUUCUCAACUCUACGCAAAGGGAGAGCUUCAGAACGCUCUGGCUGCGAUCCGAUGGGGAACCGAUUACCUCCUGAAGGCCCACCCUCAGCCCGAUGUUUUGUACGCCGAAGUUGGCGACGGGAAUUCUGACCAUGCUUGCUGGCAGAGACCGGAGGACAUGACGACGCCUCGCAACUCGUACUGGCUCGGUGAUUCGAAGCCUGGGUCGGAUGUUGCAGGGGAGACCGCAGCGGCGUUGGCAGCGGCGUCAAUUGUGUUUGGGAAGUCUGACGGGGGUUAUGCCGGUCAGCUUGUUUCACAUGCAAAACAAUUGUUUGAUUUUGCUCGCAACCAUAGAGGGGUCUAUUCGAACAGUAUCCCAAUUGUGCAAGGCUUCUAUUCAAGUUCUGGGUUUGAUGAUGAAUUGCUUUGGGCCGCUGCAUGGCUUCACCGCGCCACGGGCGAUAAAACGUACUUGGAUUUUCUUGGGCAAGCUACAAACACGGGCGGCACCCGUUCAGAAUUCUCUUGGGAUGACAAAUUUGCUGGGGUCCAAGUUUUGGUCUCAAAGCUGGUAUUGGAGAACACAGUACCCAACAACGGGGUGUGGGCGCAAUACAAGUCCAGUGCUGAUCAGUUCAUCUGCAACGUAAUCCAAAAGGGAAGCAGCAACACUAAGAAAAGCCCCGGCGGUCUUCUGUGGUUUCUACAAUGGAACAACUUGCAGUACACCACCGCAGCCUCGCUGCUCGUCGCUGCUCAUGCCGAUCAUCUCGCCGCUGCUCGUGCUUCUCUCCAGUGCCCUGCCGGUGCUGCUUCGUCAAAUGAUCUCCUCAAUUCUGUUCGAGGCCAGGCUGAUUACAUCCUGGGUGUGAACCCACUCAAGAUGAGUUACAUGGUCGGGUUCGGACCGAGCUACCCAACACGAGUUCACCACAGAGCCGCAUCGAUCCCAUCCAUCAAGAUGGAGCCGACUCCGAUCGACUGCAAGGGCGGGUUCAGCAAGUACUUCAAUGCCAACACUCCCAACCCCAACAUCUUGGACGGCGCCGUCGUCGGCGGGCCUGACGCCAACGACGGGUACACGGACUCUAGGUCUGAUUACAAUCAGAAUGAGCCUGCUACCGUGACGACUGCAGCAUUCGUUGGAGUUCUAGCUAGGCUUGCUUAAUAUUGUUGAUGAAUUGAGUCGAGCUUUGUCACGAUUUUGAAGU